GCCCUGCGGGGCCUGCGCCGAGGCCCCCGGCCGAGGUGCCCUUGGCGCUGCCUGUGCCUAGCGUCGCUAGGUCCCCGCCUGCCCGCAGCCGUGCCUGCGCACAAGUGCCGCAGCCGGAGGAGCCGGGGAAGUUGGGGCGAGCGGCGUGCCGAGGCGGGCCGCGCCGGCCAGACGCUGCUGGCGGGGGCUGGCACGGGUAGGCAGAGGGGCCCGAGCAGAGAAGGGGACCUGGCAGCGGAGAAGGAGGUGGAGGAGGAGGAGGAGCGCGGCCCGGUGCCGGCCGCUAUGGACCAGUGCGUGACGGUGGAGCGGGAGCUGGAGAAGGUGCUGCAGAAGUUCUCGGGCUACGGGCAGCUCUGCGAGCGCAGCCUGGAGGAGCUCAUCCAGUACGCGGGCGGGCUGCGCCGGGAGAUCCUUCAAACCGAGAAUCAAGAUGGAGACUUGUCAGGGACAAUUUCACUGGUUAUGACACAGUGUUGUAAGAGAAUCAAAGACACAGUUCAAAAGCUGGCCUCUGAGCACAAGGACAUCCACAGCAGCGUGUCCCGAGUUGGAAAAGCCAUCGACAAGAACUUUGACUCGGACAUCAGCAGCGUGGGCAUCGAUGGGUGCUGGCAGGCUGACAGCCAGCGCAUCCUCAACGAGGUGAUGGUGGAGCACUUCUUCAGGCAGGGCAUGCUGGACGUGGCCGAGGAGCUGUGCCAGGAGUCUGGCCUCUCAAUAGACCAGAGUCAGAAAGAGCCAUUUGUGGAGCUAAACCGAAUAUUGGAAGCCUUGAAAGUCAGAGUUUUGAGACCUGCUCUAGAGUGGGCAGUAUCCAACAGAGAGAUGCUCAUGGCACAGAAUAGUUCCUUGGAGUUUAAGCUGCACAGAUUGUAUUUCAUUAGUUUAUUGAUGGGGGGAACAGCAAAUCAGAGAGAAGCCCUUCAGUAUGCAAAAAACUUCCAGCCCUUCGCCUUCAACCACCAGAAAGAUAUCCAGGUGCUGAUGGGCAGCCUGGUGUACCUGCGGCAGGGCAUAGAGAACUCUCCCUACGUUCACCUGCUGGAUGCCAACCAGUGGGCAGACAUCUGCGACAUCUUCACGAGAGAUGCCUGUGCCCUCCUGGGGCUCUCAGUGGAAUCACCUCUCAGUGUUAGUUUUUCAGCAGGUUGUGUAGCAUUACCAGCUCUAAUCAACAUCAAGGCUGUUAUUGAGCAGAGGCAGUGCACAGGUGUCUGGAACCAGAAGGAUGAGCUGCCGAUUGAAGUGGACCUAGGUAAAAAGUGCUGGUACCAUUCAAUAUUUGCCUGUCCCAUUCUUCGUCAGCAAACAACAGAUAACAACCCACCCAUGAAAUUAGUCUGUGGUCAUAUUAUAUCCAGAGAUGCUUUGAACAAAAUGUUUAAUGGCAGCAAGUUAAAAUGCCCCUACUGCCCGAUGGAGCAGAGCCCUGGAGAUGCCAAGCAGAUCUUUUUCUGAAGGAAAGCUCCGUGAUGCAGUUUGCACCUGACCUCCACAGUGUCACUUACAGUCGAGAAGCAUUCAGCCACACUUGUUGGGUUGUCUGCAGCAGCCUGAGGACUCCUGCGUUUGUAUAAGCUAAUGCUACAGAAACUUUGCCAACACUUAGUACCUACACCCAAGUGGAAAUGCUACAGAAAUAUUAUUACCAUAGGGCUUUACUAUACUCUUGGUCUCCAUACCUGAUCAAGUUACUACACCAGCAGUUGUCAUUCGAUGCAGGUUUUUGUACUUAACUAUAUGGUGACUUUUUACUUUUUAAAGCAGAAAUGGAUCCACCCUCACCCCCCCUUGUUUGUUUAAUAUUCUUCCUGCUCCAGUUCUGUCCUUCUAUUGAUAAACUUUCACCUUAGGGAAUGUUUGUGAAGAUUUUAUUUCCUGUAAUGUGUACAUAAACAAAAGGUAAAUACUUCAGAACCUGACCGACUGACCAGACCGACCCAAAGCUUGAGAAAUGGAAUAGUGGCUCUAAAAGUGAUUGGUAUUUUUUUGGCUGAGGAAGCUGUGAUAUAUUCUGAUUUUUUUUUCUUUCAAAGGUUUUUGCAAACUUUUACAUAGAAUUCAAAGUAAAUGUGCAUAUAUAUAUAAAGUAUAUAGAAAUAUAUUGGCCUCAAGGGGCUGCCUGGUGAGAUCCAUCACUAAUUUAUAAGGUUGAUGCGUGGCUAAGUUCCUGCUGGAGCAGAGAAGGGGAAUGGGCAGUCCUGUUCCUCUGGGUUUUCAGGCUCAAGGAGAGUUUGUGUGAGAGAACAUCCAAUAAAUUCUGAAGUGGAAAUGCUAUUUAGUCACUGACAUUUUGCUCUCUGGCCUUUGUAGUCAUGUUCUUGGAACUUUGUAUUCAGGGUUAGGCUCUAAAUGUCAUGUUGCUGUAUAGUUUAAUAGUCCUUACCGUGUGCUAUUUAUAAACAGUUACAAACCCCAACCCAUUGUACAAGUAUUCAUUGCUACGUGGGGGCACAGCAUGUUCUGAUGCAGUCUGCUGCCCGUGGCUCUGCCCCUGGCCGCACCGGCCCUGUAUCAGUGCUUACCAGGGAGUAAGUUUUCUGUAGCCUGAGAACACUUUGCUUCUAGCCUUGUUUUUGUAGUAGAAUAUUGCUGCCACUGCCCUUUUCCUGCUCCACCGGCUAGGUCAGUUCUUGCUCUUACCAGAGAUGUAGAGCCUGCAGUGGAGUCUUUCCUAGUGUGCAUAGAUCUGUCUGUGUUGCUGUCCUACAGCAGGGUGAGCAGAGCUGCAUGGAAGUUCUGGUUCUGUACUAUGUAGUCGAAACAAGCACCAAGCUGAGUUGCUUUGGCUUGGUGCUGCCAGCCUGGCACUAGCACAGUGCACUGCAGAGAAGACCAGCUUGGGACACCUGCACCUGGUGAGUGCCACCUGAGCCAAGAGACUGAGUGGGACUAUGUCACACGGCUGGCAGUGGAAGGCACUGAAGAGACGCGGCAGAGCCAGCCCAGGCUCACACCUGGUAACCUUCAGAGGUGUUUGGUAGCUGUGAGAAAUGCAGGGCCGUGAUGUUCUGCAAAGCUUCCACUGUAUCCACGCUGAGCUCCAAGCAGCUGUGCUGCCACCUGCUGAAACCGACAAUAAAAGGGUGAGGAGAUUAUUUUCCAUCUA